GAUUGAUUCGUCAAAACGGUCGCGCGUGUCCGUGGGUGUGUAUGUGUGUAAUCGCCACGUGAUUCGGCUCGCGCCAAUGUCCUUCUACAAUCCACUCAGCAUCAUGGCUGCGGAUGCUGCGGAUGCGCUCCGACCGCGCCGCAUCCCUGGACCUCGUCUGAUACUCCUGGUCCUCCUGAUCGUAUCCGCUCUUAACGCACCGACCCACGGACUGCUGGGCUUCCGACCGGAAGACACGGGUGGAGAUCUGUCCGUGCAGGACGGGCUGUUAAAAACGACCGAGGGCACGCGCUUUAUGUUACGCGUGUACUAUGCAGCAUCUCCGCAGAGGCUCAACCGGACGGUUAGCGGCGCCGCAGCCGCGCCGUGGAUCGCCUUCAUAGAGGAACCGGAACCGGGUAGAGAGGGACAGGCGCAUCCCAGAAGGAACUUGUGCGUGGAGGAGAGCGCCAGGAGUUCGGAUAUAGAGCUGCUCGGGUCUUUCAAGUCCGCGUCCAGCCAAAACUCCAUCCUGGUGGAGCUGCUUGCCAAAGACCUCCGCAGAGGAGAGAAAAUCAAAUAUUACUCGAUGUGUGCCUUCGAUGGGGUAAAGUGGGAGCACUACCGGACGAGAGACUUCUGGCUAGCGGUGGUGGAGCGGCCGCCGCACGCGGACGGCUGGCUGCAGGCUGGUCUGUCGGUGAUGCUGCUCGCGCUAUCCGCGCUCUUUAGCGGGUUGGUGAUCAGCAUGCUCGCGCUGGACCCGGUGGAGCUCAAAGUGCUGCAGAACAGCGGCACCGACAAGGAGCAAAAGUACGCGCACAAGAUCGAGUCCGUGCGCAAACACGGCAACUACGUGCUGUGCACCUUGGUGCUGUGCAACGUGCUCACCAACACUUUCCUGGUGGUGUGGAUGUGCCAAAUCCUCGGACUCACGCCUCUCUCCACUGCGUCGUGCACUUUUCUCAUCUUCUUCAUUGGAGAGAUCCUUCCGCAUUCCGUCGCAUCAAGACACGGGCUGGCUAUAGCAUCCAAGACCGUAUGGCUGACAAAGAUGCUGAUGCUGGUAACUUUUCCCAUCACCUAUCCCAUUAGCAAGCUACUGGAUAAUAUGCUGCACCAAGAAAUCAGUAACUUCUACACACGUGAGAAGUUACUGGCUAUGCUGCGGGUUACUGAUCCAUAUCAUGACCUGGUAAAAGAGGAGCUCAACAUCAUACAGGGAGCUCUGGAACUCAGGACGAAAACCGUUGAAGAUGUUCUGACCCCUCUGAACGACUGCUUCAUGCUGGCCUCAGAUGCCAUACUGGACUUCAACACCAUGUCCGAUGUGAUGCAGAGCGGAUACACCCGCAUCCCUGUGUUUGAAAACGAAAGGUCUAAUAUUAUAGAUAUUCUGUUUGUCAAAGAUCUGGCCUUUGUUGAUCCGGAUGACUGUACCCCGUUGAAAACAAUCACCCAGUUUUACAAGCAUCCGCUGCACUGUGUCUUCAAUGACACCAAGCUGGAUGCAGUGCUGGAGCAGUUCAAGAAAGGGAAAUCUCACCUGGCUAUUGUGCAGAGGGUCAAUAAUGAAGGAGAAGGAGAUCCUUUCUAUGAAGUCAUGGGCAUCGUCACGCUGGAGGAUGUCAUCGAGGAAAUCAUUAAAUCUGAGAUUGUGGAUGAAACUGACCUCUACACUGAUAACCGCACGAAGAGGAGAGUAUCUCACCAUGAGAGAAAACAGCAAGAUUUCUCCAUAUUUAAACUGUCUGAGAGUGAAAUGAAGGUCAAAGUUUCACCACAGCUCCUACUAGCAACACAUCGGUUUCUGGCAACAGAAGUAGAGCCUUUUAAGCCCACACAUCUCUCCGAGAAGAUCCUCCUGCGACUGAUAAAACACCCAAGUGUUGUACAGGAACUCAAGUUUGACAAGAAGAACAAGCGUUCACCAAAGCACUACCUCUUUCUGCGCAACAAGCCGGCAGAUUAUUUUAUGCUCAUAUUGCAGGGUCGAGUGGAGGUAGAGAUUGGAAAAGAGGGAUUAAAGUUUGAAAACGGGCCUUUCACAUACUACGGUUUGCCUGCUAUCAUGACCAUCCUACCAACAGUUCACAGAUCACCAUCCCAUAGCAGUGGUCUCAAUCAUUCUGAUACUACUAUACAUGGUGGCAGUUUGGGUCAGCUGAGUAUAAGUGGAGGACCGUAUUUACCAGAUUAUUCUGUUCGCCAGCUCACAGACCUACAGAUCAUUAAGAUCAGUCGUAACCAUUAUCAGAAUGCCAUCACAGCAUCCCGCAUUGACACUUCUCCACAAACACCUGAUGCUGACAGCCAAGUGCCCGGGGAGAGAAUGAGCAUCCCUGAGACACGGUCCAACAGCAUCGCCCUGCCUCUGACAGAACCACGUCCCUGCUUUACCCGAUAUCACCAGCACAGUCAUCUCUACAGACAGCCGGAGAGCACCACUACACUUAAUGAGAGAAACCGCAUCGUUCGAAGUAAAUCAGAUGGACAGAAAAGCCCCAGUGACUCUGUGUUUCUGCGGAUGGAUGACAUCCCAUACAUAAGAGACAAUCGGUUAGAGAAAAAGGAAGGAAUGGAUACCAUGACCGUACCCAUGGAGACAGGCCUGUCUACAUCCCAGCUCAUCAGCUCUCACUCUUUGGCCAGCUCGGAUGAGAACCUGGGAAAAAAACUUCUCCGGAAACUGAGUGUGUAUCAGCUGUCAAGCACCUGUAACCCAGCUUCACACAUAAUCAGUUAACCACAAUCUUAAAAAUAAAGGCAACAAAAAAAGAAAGAAGUCACGUGAUGGAGAUAAACCUCUGGAAGAAAAUCCUGAUCAUUCACAGGUGAAGACCUAGCAUUUAGUUCACGGGUUUGCUUCUUGCCCAGUUUCUCCUGCAUCGAUGUGAAAUCUUCUCCAGCCUUUCACUGGGUCUUGAGUGAGAGAAAACCCAGCGCACACACUUCACCACAACAGAUGUAGCAUCAUGCAGCCUUGUCUUCAACAUCACAAUGGGCUCCCACACCCGGGAGAUGCUUUCUACUUGAGGACUUUACUAAAUCAAGCCUGAAUUUCUGGGUUACGACAUACAAACAAGCCUGAAUUUUUCAUCGUCAGGCCUCCGACAUGCAGCAAGACACAUAUAUACUGUAUGUUUACUACUUGAUGAGAUCUACAGUACAAAAGGUUUGAUGGUGGUUUAUGAUGAUGUCAUCCCCAGUCACUGUGGUAAUGACACUCUGACCUAUGACCUGGGCAAAGCCAGCAAGCACAAGCCUGGUAACGUGAAGCCAACCAAUCGACCAAUAAGGACAGAGCCUCGUGUAGACGAUGUAAAAUUAUCUUGAAUUGUUUAAGUGUUCAAUGUGUUGUUUUACAUCAUAUUAGAUGAGAGGUAUACGUCAGGUUGUGCCUGGAAAUUAUUUAUGAGAAUUUUGUGAUAUCAAAGCACUUUGAGAAAGAGCCAGAUCAGACCUUUUUAUUUGAUAUUCUGUUGAAUAGACAUUAGCUGAGCUGUCGAAAUACCUAUAUUAGGUAAAUGCUGUCAAUUAUUUUAUUUUAUGUUGAUUUUCCUUAAAGGUCACCUAAUAUGAAACUUUCACUUUCAAAAAUUGUGUGUGUAACCCAACCACCCUGUAAUGAUUCAAAUCCACUUCUUUUUUAUCCCUGUAAAACCUCAACAGUCGCAUGGCACAACCUAUUGGCAUUUUCUGAGCAAACUGAUGUCACUUUGCGCAAGCCCCGCCCACAACCGUCCAAACACAACAGUUAGGUCAUCAUUUCUAUUUUAAAUGUUCUUUACGUAUUUUAGUACUGCACGUUCAUGAACAAUCAAGUAAGACGGUU